AUGAAAUUAACUACAUCUACUUUAUUGGCUGCUGCCACUGUUCAAUAUGCCUCUGCUUUGGUCAUUCCUGAUUUAAAUGCAAAUAAUAAAGACUCUUUAACACUAAAAAACAAAGAAUUCGAUAAGACCAAUAAACCCUCCAUCAAUAACAAUAACAAUAAUGUUAAUAUUAAUAUUAAGAACAAAGACCAACUUGCACCACUUUAUGUCCAUCCAAAUUCUAAUACAGCUUUAGAUUCUUCCUCUUCUUCUUCUCCUCCUCUAAAUAUUAAAUCUAAUGAAGACUUUAUGGCUUCCACCAUUAAGAAUAAAUAUAUCAUUAUCUUUAAAGAUGGUAUUUCAAUAGACUCAAUUAAUCUACAUAAGGAAAUGAUCCAACAAGCAUACCUUCAAUAUAUAACUUCGUUACCUAAGGAGGAAUCUUCUGAAUUUUUGAAAUCUUUGCCACCCCAUUUAGACGUAGGUGGUAUAAUAGACUCUUUCCAAAUAAUUGGAAGUAAACUAAACGGCUAUAUAGGUUACUUUCCAUCCUAUAUCAUCGACAUCAUCAGACGUAAUCCAUUGAUUAAAUCUAUCGAAAUGGAUUCUAUUGUGACUAUAAAGGACUUCGACACCCAGAAUAAUGCUCCCUGGGGGCUAGCCAGAAUAUCGCACAGAGAUCCACUAACAUUGGGUUCUUUCAACAAGUAUUUAUAUGAUGACAAUGCUGGAGAAGAUGUAGAUGUUUAUGUUAUUGACACAGGUAUCAAUAUCAAUCACAACGAUUUUCAAAAUAGAGCAAUGUGGGGGAAGACUAUACCUGACAAUGAUCUAGAUAUCGAUGGAAACGGCCAUGGUACACAUUGUGCUGGUACUAUCGCAUCACAACAUUAUGGUGUGGCCAAGAAGGCUAACGUCAUUGCAGUUAAAGUCUUAAGAUCGAAUGGGUCUGGCUCAAUGUCUGAUGUUAUUAAAGGUGUUGAAUUCGCUGCUUUGAGCCAUAAUCAUAAGUUAACUAAGAAGGAUAAUAAAAAAUAUAAAGGUGCUGCUGCUAAUAUGUCACUCGGUGGUGGUAAAUCCCCAUCUUUAGAUAUGGUUGUCGAUGCUGCUGUUAAUGCUGGGAUCCAUUUUGCUGUUGCAGCAGGAAACGAGAAUCAAGAUGCUUGUGAUACAUCUCCUGCCGCAAGUGCAAAGGCAAUAACUGUGGGUGCUUCUACUUUAUCUGAUGAUAGAGCCUAUUUCUCCAAUUGGGGUACUUGUGUCGACGUUUUCGCUCCAGGUUUAAACAUCUUAUCCACUUAUAUCGGCUCUAAUGACGCUACUGCCUCUUUGUCGGGUACCUCAAUGGCUUCACCACAUGUGGCAGGUUUAUUGGCAUAUUUCUUAUCUCUACAACCAGACAAGGACUCUCAAUUUAGUUCUUAUUCACAACUCACUCCAGAACAAUUGAAAAAGAAAUUGAUCGAUUAUUCAACAAAAAAUGUCUUGUUUGAUUUGCCCGAAGGUACACCAAAUAAAUUGAUCUUUAAUGGUGCCGGUCAAGAUUUAUCUGAUCUAUGGAAUAUUUCUACAUCAGAAUUAGGUCUUGAUUUGAAUUCUGCUGACCAAAACGAAGACAAUAAAGACCAAGUAUUACUCCAGGAAUAUUCUAAAAUAGGAUUAUUGUCAACUGACAACAUGUUUGAACAAAUAAGGCAUUUAUUUGGUAGUAUGGAUCUAUUUUAA